GUCGAUGAUGGUGAACUUCCUACUUCGUCUUCUAGCUCGAAGGAAAUAGCCCGCAAAGAACCAGCGUCACCGCAGAAAACAACCACCAAGAAGCUAGCGGAUGACCUCGACGAAGAUGAAGGAGAUGCUAGUGGGGGCUCGAAGCUGCGAACGAAGACCAGCGCGCUUCUGAAAGCAUUGAAGGCGUUAGACCUCGAUGGUGUGCAGCACUACAUGCGUCUGGCGAUGCUUCCUUGGUCCUUUCACAAACUCCACCUGAAAGUAACUUUCG